AUGGAGACACCCCUUGGAACCUCCCCGGGGAGAGGCGACUUUGGUUUUUCGGCCCCAUGCAUGCGUUUUCAAACAGCCAGCUCCUCACUGCUUCAAUCUCUACUCGCAUCUCCAUCGUGGCACUUUGUCGAGAGUGGAUAUGUGCUGUAUCCAGCCUCUUGGCCCGCAUAUGAAACGGAGCAGAAGCAGACGCAACUACUUGUGGCGACUCUCGAAUCUGCGACGGCAGAACGGCGCGUCGCGUCCUCGCGCGGUAAGCUGCCUUCUCCCUCUCGCGUCUCUCCGCCGGGGUGUAUGUACAGCAGCAUGGGAAGCUCAUCUCAAGAGCGAACUCCUGCGGCCUUUCUCUCUAUUGGCCCGGUGACCCUAGCUUCCCAGGUUUCGCUUCCUAAACUCGAGAAGCAAUGGGUCUACGGUGCGUCAACCGGAGGCCCGGUUGUGGGCGGUAGAGAAUUUCCUCACAGCCGAAGCGGUCCUGUCCGUUGCUGGUUCUCGCCCUCCAGGGGCGCUUCUCUCCUGCAAGCGUCUGACUGCUUUCCCGACGCGUCUGCACUUUUCGACGCUUGUUCGCGUUCUCCUGCGCUCUCCGGGGCCUGCCUCACGGAGCCAAACCCGCGCUGUCUCCUCUUCCCUGCGGGCGCCUGUGUCUGUGUUCGAUGUGGAGACGUGCGAAGCGCCGGGGUGUCUAGACAGCCGGACACGCAGCACGCUUCACCGUUGCGCCACUUUGUCUUCGUUCCCUUGAUUCCCGAGAGUCUCUUGCCCAUCCAGGCUUUGCUUGUUUUUCUCCGCGCCCACGGAAGAGCCACGGGGCGUCUCCUUGCGCCCGCACGUGCGAACGGAGAACCAGAGGGAGACGGAGAGGAGCCCGACGUUCAGGAAGAGAGAGAACAAGGUGGUGAAGGCCACAAAGAAACAGAGGACACCCCGAGCUGGCGAGGAAAAUCUCCGUCUUCAAAACGAAGGCGUUUGACCGCCGCCUCCCCGCUUCAGCACUGCUUGGCGUCUUCACGGGCUCUUCCAUUGUCCACUGCAUGUGCUGUAUCUUGUUCGUCUCCCUCUGCGUUUCGUUCGGGGUCUUCUGACUCUCUUUCCCUCUCUUGUCCUUCGGCGCCAUGUUCUUGUCUGUCGUUCACCUCCUCUUCGGUCGCCGAUUCUCUUCCGCUUCUCUCUGAGAGCUUGGAGCCGCCGUGUCUGACGCGCAUGGACGCCGAGUGCCGGCUCGGUGUCGCCAUUUGUUUGGGUGGGCGAGGGCGAGACGGGCGACGUAUCUCAGCGGAGAGGACAAGAAACGAGGCAGAACGGGAAGCGGCCGCUGGCGGCCGAGAGGUGCGACUGCGAACUAGAGACAAAGGGGACUACGUAGAAAAACUUCUAAACUCGGUUUUGUUGCCCUUGGGGCGGAAACGAAACCGGAUGCCGAGGGGGGGCAGCGAUGUGUGCUUUGCUGGAGAAACAGAAAACAGUCUUAUUCCACACGAGGCUGUGUCUUCGCGGAGUGAAGCCGCCCAAGCCCGGAGAGAGCGCAUCCUGUACACCUUCACGUUUGCUGACUUCGACGCCCUCAGGACAAACAUUUCCUUUAAAAGGCGUUGA